CGCGUGCGCGGGGGCGGGGGCAGCGGCUCUGGAGCCGUGGCACCCCCGGCAGUGGCCGAUCUGUCGGUGGUCAGUCGGUCGGACGGUCGCUGCGCCGCGCACGGAAGGGCUGGAGCCGUUGCCGCCGCCGGGACAUGAUCCGAAACGGACACGGGACCGCGGAUUCCCCCAAGAAGCUCGGCCCGGGGACCAAGCGCGCCGUGCGGGUCUGGUGCGACGGCUGCUAUGACAUGGUACAUUAUGGGCAUUCAAACCAGCUGCGUCAGGCACGGGCCAUGGGAGAUUACCUUGUCGUAGGGGUCCACAAUGAUGAGGAGAUUGCCAAGCACAAAGGCCCUCCUGUCUUCACUCAGGAGGAGAGGUACAAAAUGGUCCAGGCCAUCAAGUGGGUGGAUGAGAUUGUGGCUGGUGCUCCUUAUGUCACUGUCCUGGAGACCCUGGACAAAUACAACUGUGAUUUCUGUGUUCAUGGCAAUGAUAUCACCUUAACUGUGGAUGGGCGGGACACCUAUGAAGAAGUGAAGAAGGCUGGGAGAUACAGAGAAUGUAAACGCACCCAGGGAGUCUCUACCACCGACCUCGUUGGCCGGAUGCUGCUCAUGACCAAGGCUCAUCACAGCAGCCGGGAAUUGCCCUCCGAAUACCGGGAGUACACUGACAGCUUUGGCAAGCCCCUUCACCUAGUACCUGCUGGGGCAGGUAUUUGCCCAGAAGGCUUCUCCCAGUGCCCGAGGAGCCACAGCCCCUGGACUGGAGUGUCACAGUUUUUGCAGACAUCCCAAAAGAUCAUCCAGUUUGCUUCUGGGAAGGAGCCGGAGCCAGGAGACACCAUCAUCUAUGUGGCUGGGGCCUUUGACCUGUUCCAUAUUGGGCAUGUGUCUUUUCUGGAGAAGGUUUACCAGCUUGCAGAGCGACCCUACAUCAUUGCAGGCUUACAUUUUGACCAGGAAGUGAAUCACUACAAGGGGAAGAACUACCCCAUCAUGAAUGUGCAUGAGAGAACGCUGAGUGUGCUGGCCUGCAGGUACGUGGCUGAGGUGGUGAUUGGAGCUCCGUAUGCUGUCACAGCCAACCUUCUGGACCACUUCAAGGUCGACCUGGUGUGUCAUGGGAAGACCGACGUGUUGCCUGAUAAGGACGGUUCAGAUCCCUAUAAGGAACCCAAGAAACGGGGUAUCUUUCGUCAGAUCAAUAGUGGCAAUGAACUCACCACAGACCUCAUUGUCCAGAGAAUUAUUAAAAACAGAUUAGAGUAUGAAGCAAGAAAUCAAAAGAAAGAAGCUCGAGAGCUAGCUGUCCUGGAGGCCUUAAAAAAGCGGGAGGCCAUGGCGGAAGGGGCAGCAAUGCAGGUGGAGAGUUCCUGUGAGGCCUAAUGCCAAGGCUAUACUGGCUCAAGCAGCACGCCCAGCCCCUCCUUCCCUGGCCCCACCCUGCCUUCAUCCUGAGCUGGGGACUGCCCAAAGGCCUGCCCUCUCUUCUGCUCUGCUCACCUUCUCCUGCCCUUCUGAUUGUAGAGUUUGUCACACCUACCAUUUUAAUGGAGCUGAGGCCCCUUUUUAACUCACCCUGGCACGACUAGGCCAGCAUGGAGCUGCCUGGUACUGACAGAAAUGGACACUUGGUGCUGGGGCCUCCCCUGGUGUUUUUGGAGAGUUUGUAUUCCCUAGUAACGCUUUUCUGCCUAGGCUCUCCUGAUCUGACUGUCGGAAAGCAGAGAGACCCAGCCAGCCCCUGGAGCACGUGGAAUCCCAGCACGUAGAGGGGGCUUCAGGUUCGGCCGAGCCAUGUGCAGGCUCUGGCUGCUCCCGAUCCCAGCUUCCCUUUCCUCGGCACUGCCCACCUCUAGUGGAAAGGGAGAUGAGUCACGGCCACCUUGUGGCUCUCUGGGCCUUAAGCACAAUGCUAAUGGACCCAUGAAGCACUAUCUUCCUCUGUCCCCUGAGAAGCUGGGCUGGCUCCAACCUUGCUUGCUGGCUGGGGGGUGGGGGGGGAGAGGGUCAGCCGGAACAAGAAGGGGAAUGAUCCAAAUGGGGACCUCCCUUAACUCCUUAGGAGGCGAUCACACCUCCCCAAACUCCCUCCCCUCCAUCCCCCCAAUUCUCCAGAACUUCCUGUGUGUGGCCUGAGCUCCAGGACCUUUCGCUUUCACCUGCAGCUUUGCUGCCUGGGGCCCUAUGGUCUUCCCCUAAACCUGCUGCUCCCUGUACAGACUUUAUAUGCAGAUUUUUGUAUCCAACGGACUGUUGUAAAUUUCUUUGUCAGCAGAACUUAAUAAAAUGUGGCAAAAUGUGGCGGGGA